AUGGACGGCCAAGUCGCUCACGACGAUUCGCCCAACGUGAUCAUAACGGAGCCCAGAGCUGCCACCGAAGCACGACUCGCCUCUCUCAGGACCCAGCUCACCAAUCAAGCCGGCAAGCUCCUCAACCCGCACCUGGCGAAUGUGCUCGUGCGCGUCAUAUUCGAGGCCAUCGCGGCAGCACUUAAGGCGACGCUGUGGGUGGGAAAGAACCCUACCGUGUGGAUUGCCAUCGGCGGCGGGGCGCUGACCGCCAUCCUCAUGCCCAUCCUUGGGCCUGCGAUGCUCGGUGUCAUCGGCUUCGGUUCAGCGGGUAUUGUCGCCGGCAGUUUGGCAGCACUCAUCCAAGCCAGCAUCGGCAACGUCGCGGCGGGCAGCGUCUUCGCAGCCUUGCAGGCGGCAGGAGCGACAGGGACGAUACCUGCUGCUGGAGUUCACAUCGCAGGGGUGGUUGGAACGGCCGCCACAGGUGGUGGAAAGAUGGCCUACGAUUUUGCGAAGGCGCACGAACUUGACAAGAAGGCUCAGGUUGCCGGGCUGGUUGCCUGCAACGUAGGCAAGAAGGCUUACGACAUUGGUGCAGGGACGGCCUGCAACGUCGGCGCCUCGGUCGUUCAAGGCUGGUACGCCAUGUGGAACAGGCCGAAGAAUGAGUGA